CGCGCCGUCUGCUUAUAAAAACACCGAGGAUCUUGGCAAAUAAUUUACUACGCCGCUGAAGUGUUUAGAUGACAAUAUAACUGCGCAAAGAUUGACCCGAGAAGGGCCUAGCUAGUAGUCGUGGCUUUAUUGAUUUAGAAACUUUUCCGUGCGUGGAACACCUUGCAGAAUUGGCAAUGAGUACUCAUGGGUGGCACAUAACCGUUAGCAAUUCAGUGAACGCUAUGGCUGAAAUUUUACCAAGAAUGGUAACUGCGACACACUUCGCUAGUUACCAACGACUGGCAAUCGCCCCUAUUAAAGAGAUAAUCGAUUGCGGUAGCGAAAACCCUAGGGGUAAGAAACUUGAAGCCUGGAAAAAGCGGAAGAUCCAACAGCUCCACUAUGUACAGCUUGCGGCAACUGUUAUGCUCGCAGUUGACGUGCAAUGUCUCUCUUGGCCCACAGAGGAUCGUCAUUGGACGGCCCGUGCCUUCUGGUACUGGUGUACAGUCCUCGAUGUGUUUGCUAUUGGGAUGUCUUCUCAACAACUCAGCAUUCUGCAGUACCUUGAGUCUUGCGAAGUGCAUCACAACUUACUCUUGGAUAUGAUUGCCAAAGACAGCAAGGAAGGAAAGCAUACAGACUCAAACAUGGUCUAUGUAUGGGAAUGUCCGAUGAUGCUGUUAGUCCAUUCAAUGAUUUUGUUCAUUGUUGCAGUGAGUGUGCAUGUAUCUUAUCCCUUGAUAAAUGGCCCUAGGUGGGGAUUUGAUUCGAAGAUUGCAAGUGUAUAUCUUGUGGCAUUGGGGAUGAACUUUUUCAAUCUUUUAUAUUGCUCCUACUGGAUAUACAAAAAAAUGCCAAUAUUUUAAGACAGUCUUUUAUGUAUGCUAGAGUGUUUCUGGUUAAUAUCAUUCCUCGUGUUGUAUAUUGCCAGCAGGGAGUGAGUGAGCAAUUGAGUGCAAUGGGACAGGUUACCUGAUUCGUGUUACAAGGCUGUCUUUAGCUUCCCUUUCCAAACCAGUUGAAGAAACAAGUGUGUAACUGAACCAUCGUCAACGGAUGAUGGACGUUAUGCGGCAUACAGAAUAUCUAUACUAAAAAAAAAUAAGAGGUGCUUGUGUCAACUUUUAAC